AAACUAUAGUCUAGCCCUCCAAUGGUCUGAGGGACAGUGAACUGGCCCCCUGUUUAAAAAGUUUGAGUACCCCUGGCCUGGACAAUAAGAACCUUUUUCUGGAUUGGUUUUACCGAUGCCUUCUCCCUGAAAUCAGGAAGUACUUUGCCAGUAAGGGACUGCCUCUUAAGAUUCUUUUGAUAUUGGACAAUGCCUCUGGCCACUUAGAAUCCCAUGAGUUCAACACUGAAGGUGUCAAAAUAGUCUACUUGUCCACAAACACAGUGACUCUAUUUCAGCUUCUACAUCAUUGGGCCGUAAGGACCUUUAAGUCUCAUUACACAUGAUACUCUGUGGAAAGGAUUGUCGACACCUUGGAAGGAACCUUGAUAGAACAUCUUGAAAAUGUGGAAGGAUUAUACCAUUCACGAAGUCAUUGUGGUUACAGUAAAAUCUGUGAAAGCCAUCAAGCUAGAAGCAAUAAAUUCCUUUUGGAGAAAACUGAAUCUGGAUGUUGUACAUGCCUUCACUGGAUUUAUGACACAGCCAAUCAAGGAAAUUAUCAAAGAGAUGGUAGAUAUGGCAAAAGAAAAAAAAAAAGGUGGGAAGUGAAGGGUUUCAAGAUACGGGUCUUGGAGAAAUUCAAGACCUAAUAGACAACACUCCAGAAGAAUUAACAGAAGAUGACUUUAUGCAGGUGAGUGCUUCCAAAUCAAUGGAAGAAGACUUAGAAAAGGCAGUGCAGAAAAUAAAUUGACAUUAGACAAUCUGGCAGCAGGGUUCCAGUUAUUCAAGACUGCAUUUGACUCCUUUUACAAUAUCAACCCUUCUCUGAUUUGGGCACUGAAACUAAAGCAAAUGGUGUAAGAAGGAUUGGUACUAUAUAGAAACAUUUUUAGAGAAAUGAAAAAGCACAAAAGACAGAAAUUACAUUGUAUUUCCAUAAAGUUACACCUGCCUCUCUUUCUCCCCUUCCACCUUCUCCACCUCUUCCACCCCUGGGACAGCAAGACCGACUCCUCAGCCUAUUGAAGUGUGAAGACUAUGAGGAUGAAGCCCUUUAUGAUUCCAGGAGGGCUUCGUGUAUGGACCUCAAGCGUUGGAGGUAGCAGACUUUUCAGCAGAAGAAAAGAUGAAAAGGAAUAUGCAUUGAAGCAAAUUGAAGGCACAGGAAUAUCCAUGUCGGCUUGUAGAGAGAUUGCACUUUUGCGAGAAUUGAAGCACCCUAAUGUGAUCGCAUUGCAGAAGGUGUUCCUUUCUCACAGUGACAGGAAGGUGUGGCUGCUGUUUGAUUAUGCAGAACAUGACUUGUGGCAUAUUAUUAAGUUUCACCGUGCAUCAAAAGCAAAUAAAAAACCCAUGCAGUUGCCAAGAUCUAUGGUUAAAUCAUUACUUUACCAGAUUCUUGAUGGUAUCCAUUACCUCCAUGCAAAUUGGGUGCUUCACAGAGACUUGAAACCAGCAAAUAUCCUAGUAAUGGGAGAAGGUCCUGAAAGGGGGAGAGUCAAAAUAGCUGACAUGGGUUUUGCCAGAUUAUUCAAUUCUCCUCUAAAGCCACUAGCAGAUUUGGAUCCAGUAGUUGUGACAUUUUGGUAUCGGGCUCCAGAACUUUUGCUUGGUGCAAGGCAUUAUACAAAGGCCAUUGAUAUAUGGGCAAUAGGUUGCAUAUUUGCUGAAUUGUUGACUUCAGAACCUAUUUUUCACUGUCGUCAGGAAGAUAUAAAAACAAGCAAUCCCUUUCAUCAUGAUCAACUAGAUAGGAUAUUUAGCGUCAUGGGGUUUCCAGCAGAUAAAGACUGGGAAGAUAUUAGAAAGAUGCCAGAAUAUCCCACACUUCAAAAAGACUUUAGAAGAACAACGUACGCCAACAGUAGCCUCAUAAAGUACAUGGAGAAACACAAGGUCAAGCCUGACAGCAAAGUGUUCCUCUUGCUUCAGAAACUUCUCACCAUGGAUCCAACCAAGAGAAUUACCUCGGAGCAGGCCCUGCAGGACCCCUAUUUUCAGGAGGACCCCUUGCCGACCUUAGAUGUAUUUGCUGGCUGCCAGAUUCCGUACCCUAAAAGAGAAUUCCUUAAUGAAGAUGAACCAGAAGAGAAGGGUGACAAGAAUCAGCAACAGCAGCAGAACCAGCAUCAGCAGCCCACAGCCCCCGCACAGCAGGCCGCCGCCCCCCCACAGGCGCCCCCGCCCCAGCAGAACAGCACCCAGACCAACGGGACCGCGGGCGGGGCGGGCGCGGGCGUGGGGGGCGCGGGCGCGGGGCUGCAGCACAGCCAGGACUCGGGCCUGAGCCAGGUGCCGCCCAGCAAGAAGCCGCGCCUCGGGCCUUCGGGCGCCAACUCAGGCGGGCCUGUCAUGCCGUCGGAUUAUCAGCACUCCAGUUCUCGCCUGAAUUACCAAAGCAGCGUUCAGGGAUCCUCUCAGUCCCAGAGCACACUAGGCUACUCCUCCUCGUCUCAGCAGAGCUCACAGUACCACUCAUCUCACCAGGCCCAUCGGUACUGAGCAGCUCCACUCAGCCCAGGCCAGCCCAGAGCACAGACUCCAGCAAUAUGAUGUCUGCAUUGAAAAGAACCAAAAAAUGCAAACUAUGAUGCCAUUUAAAACUCAUACACUUGGGAGGAAAACUUUCUAUAUUGAGCAUUUUGCAGGACUAAUAUCUCUUCUUUAUUGACUUAAAGAAGAGCGUUGUGAAGUUUCCCAGCACCCCUUCCCCGCAUGUGUUCCAUUGUGACUUCUCUGAUAAAGCGUCUGAUCUAAUCCCAGCACUUCUGUAACCUUCAGCAUUUUUUUUGAAGGAUUUCCUGGUGCACCUUUCUCAUGCUGUAGCAAUCACUAUGAUUUAUCUUUUCGAAGCUCUUUUAAUAGGAUUUUAAUGUUUUAGAAACAGGAUUCCCGUGGUGUAUAGUUUUAUACUUCAUGAACUGAUUUAGCAACACAGGUGAAAAUGCACCUUUUAAAAGCACUACGUUGUUUUCACAGACUAUAACUGUUUUGCUCGUGGAAGUCUUAAACAGAAACUGUUCCUGUCCCAAAGUACUUUACUAUCAUGUUUCUAUUUAUCUAGUUUCAGGGAAGGUCUAAUAAAAAAGACAAGUAGUGGGACAGAGGGAACCUACAACCAAAAACAGCCUAGAUCUUUGCAGUGACUAUGCUUUAUGCUAUGAAGAACUGAAGUAUGUGAUAAUUUUUAUAUAAUCAUUCAUAUGGAACAUAGUUCCCAGAAUCAUCUUAUUCUGAAUAGUAUUCAGUAAUUAAGAAUUAUAAUUUUAAACUUCAUGUAGCUAAGUCUACCUUAAAAAGGGUUUCAAGAGCUUUGAUGAAAUAGAGUCUCUGGUGACCCACACCAAAAUGCUGAAGAGAAUAUCAACUGCACUAGGAUUUCUUUAAGGAGUAAUUUUGAUCAAAAGACGUGUUACUUCCCUUUGAAGGAAAAGCUUUUAGUGUGCAUUGUACAUAAAGUUGGCUUCUCUAAAGAACUGUUGAUUUCUUCACAUCUGGGUCUGCGUGAGUAACUUUCUUACACAAUCAAGGGUACUCAAGUGGAAGCCUGAAAAUUUGUCUGCUUUUGAAAUAAAAAGCAGUGUUCUCCAUUCGUAUUUGCAUUAGACAUAGAGUGACUAUUUUUAAAGCAUGUUAAAAAUUUAGGUUUUAUCAUGUUUAAAGUAUGUAUUAUGUAUGUAUGUAUGUAUGUAUGCAUAAUUUUGCUGUUGUUACUGAAACUUAAUUCUAUCAAGAAUCUUUUCAUUGCACUGAAUGCUUUCUUUUGCCCCUAGGAGAAAACUUAAUAAUUGUGCCUAAAAACUAUGGGCAGAUAGUAUAAGACUAUACUAGAUAAAGUGAAUAUUUGCAUUUCCAUUAUCUAUGAAUUAGUGGCUGAGUUCUUUCUUAGCUGCUGCAAGGAGCCCUCACUCCCCAGAGUCAAGAGGAAAUGUAAAGACUUAGAGCUCCCAUUGUAAUGUGUGGGGCAAGCAAUUUGUGUUCUUCUGAAUGCUACUAGCAGCACCAGCCUUGUUUUAAACGUUUUUUUCUUGAGCUAGAAGAAAUAGCUGAUUAUUGUAUAUGCAAAUUAUAUGCAUUUUUUAAAACUAUUCUUUGUGAACUUAUCUACCUGGUUAUGAUACUCUGGGUCCAUACACAAGUAAAAUAAGAUUUUAGACAAAAGCCAGUAUACAUUUUGCACUAUUGAUGUGAUACUGUAGCCAGGCAGGACCUUAUUGAUCUCAGCAUAAUAAUGCUUGUUAAUAAUAAUAAGACUGUAUAGUGACACUUACCAAGAUUAAAGAUGAAACAGGUGACAUAUUCCAUGGGAAGGAAUUUCUGAUCAUCUCCAUUAUAUUUUAACCCUUCCAUUUUUUAAAAUAAGAAAUUAACAGCCCUCUGCAUAAUGUAGCUACCUGUAGAAAGUUCUGUCCUGUGCCCUACAGCCUCAUAGUCCAGAGCUAUUGAUCAUCAGAUGCCCACUGCACCCUCAGCAUGUGCCCAGUGCCCUGCUGGGUAGAAAACACAAAGGGCAGGAUGCACUUCCUGUCCUCAAGGAGCUUAUGGCCAAUUUGGGACAGUAAGCUCUCCUGGGAUAUCUAUGCCAUGUGAUAAUAUGAAGGUCCUUUUUUGUUUAUUUCUAAGCCCACUUGGAUAGUUAUAAUUCCAAAUUCUGCUCUAUAGUUAACAGUGUCACAGAAGGAUUUCUGUGUCUGUCCACCUUAGAGAAAGCCAGUCAUUAAAUAUCACAAAGGGCACUCAUGUAUAUUUGCAAUGUUCACAGCAGCCUUUCAGCAACACUUGGGUGGUUCUUGUAGGCAGAACGCACUCUACUAAGUGGUUGUAGGUAAUUAUAAUGAAAAUAGAAGCUCUCUUCCCGCCCUCAAGGGAGCUUACAAUUAAUAAAAGAAGACAAACCCAAAUGGAUACAUGAACCCAAAUACCAUGCCCCUUAAUACUUUAUAAGCAACUUUGAUAUACAGGUCUUAUGAUAUGCGCUUAUACAUUCACAGGACUACGCUGCUUUCCCUAUAUAUUAUGAAUUUUACUGGCAGGACUGAAAUAUAAACGUGAGGGCAGAGGGGCAGUGUUCUCCAGUACCUAGCCAGAAAACCCCAUUACACAUGUGACUGGGUUUCUUGUCACCACACUGGUACUGGCUCUUUUCUCCUCUCUUCUUGCCUCAGGGUUGGUGUUGCCCAUUUGUUCCCAUCGCCCUUUGAAGUCAUUUUGGUUCACAAUUUCCUUUCUCUAUGAAGGGAAACAAAGCCUUUAACACACCUUAAGGGCCCUGAAACUGCAGGACCGAAGCUUUUUGAGGACAAAAUUACCUUUGUGGUUUCCAAAUGACCACAUUCCUCUUUGAAAACUUAUUAGAUACUCUUAUGUCCCCCAUGGAUUCAGGACAGUCAUCCCUCAGUCUAUGGGAACACCAAGCCAGGGGAGGUUAGUGAAAGGAAGGCAUGAGUCAAAGUGAAGGCUUUCUGCUGUCCAUUAUGACAGACCAGUUUUAGAGUUAGCUUUAUAGUAAGGUGUGCAUUUGGGAAAAGGGAUUCAAGAGCUUCAGGACAGAUGAGCCCAAGAUAAGGUAGCUUGGUGCAGGGCUGAUACUAUGAGGCUGAAACAGUCCUUGUGAUGAAGUAGAUCAUGCAAUGACAUACAAAAACCAAGGAUCAUGUAUAUUUUUAUAUCUGUGUGGUUUUGAAACUGUAGUACUUAGAAUUUUGGCCUUCUGCACUACUCUUUUACAAAUGUAUUAAGAAUGGAAAGGGAUGACAUUUACCUGUGUGUUUGGCUUCAUUCUUGGUGAAGCAACUGCUGGUGGUUCUCUGUGUCUCUACAAUGAUGCUGUUUUCCCUGCUAAAAGUAAAAGAAAAAAUAGUUGGAGACUAAGACUUGCAGCUUGAUCCGCUUUUGAAAAAAAUAUAUGUAGCAGAAACUGUACGAUGAAGGAAGAAUUCUAUGAAUAUUGCAAAUCCGAAACUCUGGUGAUGUCUUCCUAGGGAGCGGAGAAAGGUAGUGAAAUGGCAGUUAGACUAACAGAGACUUGAAGGAUUCAAGGACAAGUAAUAUUUUAUAUAAGACAUAGCAGUUUAGAUCCCCAUAAUCCUCAAGAAUAGUCACAAAUACCAUAAAACAAAGUUCAUUGUUUUAGGAUUUUUAAAAAAUGUGUUGUACCUAAGGCCAUACUUACUCUUCUAUGCUAUCACUGCAAAGAAGUGAUACGUAUGUAUUAUAUGAAAAAAAAAAUCCUUAAUGCACUGUUAUCUCCUAAAUAUUUAGUAAAUUAAUACUAUUUAAUUUUUUAAAGAUUUGUCUGUGUAGACACUAAAAAGUAUUACACAAAAUCUGGACUGAAGGUGUCCUUUUUAACAACAAUUUAAAGUACUUUUUAUAUAUGUUAUGUAGUAUAUCCUUUCUAAACUGCCUAGUUUGUAUUUCCUAUAAUUCCUAUUUGUGAAGUGUACCAGUUCUUGUCUCUUUUUUCAGUCAUUUUCUGCACGCAUCCCUCUUUACAUGAUUAUAGAGAUGACUGUAGCUUUCCACACUCUGCCGUGAGGUGUGUGCCGGGAGCCGCCCCAGCAAGCCCCUUGCGUGGGGUACGGGACGAGCUGCCACUUUGCAGCGGGUGUUUCCUGCUUUUGAGUUGUUCUGACAUCCUUCUCAAAAUGACUGUUAAAACUAAAAUAAAUUACAUUGCAUUUAUUUUAUAUUCUUGGUUGAAAUAAAAUUUAAUUGACUUUG